AUAUAAACUUAAGAGAUUGAUUCUCCAACUCUCCUUCCUCUGCACACCUUCCAUUUUCUAUCUCUUGCUCUCCUUAUUUGUUUUCUUCUUUCUUUGCUAACCACAUCUCUCUUCUCAUCUCCACCUCUCUCUCUGCUUUCUUCCACCUUCUUCUACCUUUUUCAUCAAAUUUUCUGGGUUCAGUUCUCUUUAUUCAUAUAUUUACAGAAAUAUAUGAUAUUAUAUUCCUUUAAAUAUGUGUCAGAAGUACUUAUAAAACUAAAUCUACCUUUUCUCUGAGCAAAUAGGCCCUUUGUGUCAGAAGAAAAUCUCGUAUCUCUCCAACCAAUAAUCUUUGUACUUUGAUCCAUCCAUCUAUCCCAUAAAAAGCAAUUUAGCUCUCUCUAUAUAUAUACCCCACUUCAAAACCCUAAUUUCAAAACUAGUAAAGAUAGAGAGAGUUGUCUUGGUGAUCUCUUUUCAUAAUUGUAUCCAUGAAUCCUAAGACAUACCACCACAUAUCUUCAAACCCUAGUUCUGUAAAAUCUAGGUUCACAAGAGGGUUUCUUCGAGCUUUUAAAAAAAUAAAGAGGCAACAAAGAUUACUACCCACUUCUUCUUCUUCUUCUUCAUCUAAUCCUUCUCCAAGACCCUAUUUAUAUGGUAGGGUUAAGAUUGCAGCUGAUAAAUCAUUGGCUUUGGCUGUUGGUUCAAGGAGAGCUUGGAGUAGGGCAUUGCUUUGGAAGAUUCAUUACAAAGCAUGGCGCCAGAGAUCAAGAUUCAACAAUAAGAAAAAACUUUUGAAAGAGAAUAAAAAGAAUAAGAAGAACAAGAAGAAGAAGAAUGAUGAUGAAGAAGUUGGAUUUCGCCAUGCGAAAGAGCUUCGAAAGCUAGUUCCAGGAGGCGAAGCAAUGGAUUUAUGCAGCUUGUUGGAUGAAACUGCCCAUUACAUAAAGUGUCUUAUCACUCAAGUCCAGGUGAUGAAAAGUGUUGAUCAAAUCUACUCCUUUUGAGCUAUAUAUAUUCAAAUAAAUCCAAAGAAACCCACACAGCUUACAUUUUAGGAGCACAGAGUCUAUACAUAUAUACAUAUUAUGGUUAAAACUUUUUUAUAUUUCUCAUGAGAAUUGAGAUUAGCAAGUGGGUUUUGUUUGUAGAUAACGUUUGUAAAACUUAUGGUUUUAUUUUACCUAAAUUAAUAACUCUUCUUCUUCUUUUU